AUAUGGGUUUGUGCAAGUGUCCCAAGAGAAGUGUGACGAAUCAAUUUUGUUUUGAACAUCGCGUCAAUGUUUGUGAACAUUGUAUGGUUCAGAGUCAUCCUAAGUGCAUAGUCCAAUCAUAUCUGCAAUGGCUCAGAGAUAGUGAUUAUGUAUCGAAUUGUACUCUAUGCUCAACAGGCCUAGAGGAGGGCGAAUGUGUUCGUUUGGUGUGUUAUCAUGUUUUCCAUUGGGAUUGUUUGAAUGCACGUCAAUCGGCAUUGCCGGCAAAUACUGCACCCCGGGGACAUACAUGUCCGGUCUGCGAUACGGAAAUAUUUCCAACAACAAAUUUGGUAUCACCUGUAGCCGAUGCCUUGAAACAGAAAUUAUCUCAAGCAAAUUGGGGACGUAACGGUUUGGGUCUGACAUUGUUAAGUGACGAACAAGUGCCCAGUGCCAAAUAUGUCUCAACCCCAACAUCAUCAUCAACCUCCCAAACAGCUACAGCUCCCAUGAGCACUAUGACAAAAGUUCAUCACAGCAAUAGUGGCAGCAGCAGCAGCAAUGCCAUGGAACGUUCAAAAGCCAAUGGUGCUGUAUUUGCAAAUACCACAAUGAAAAAUGAUAGUCCACAUUCCGUUUUGCUUAUGGAUGCAUUUAAUCCUCCUUCAGGCAGUGAUAUUCAUGCCAGCAGCCGUCGCCCUUUGCUGCCACGACAAUCACCCAUUGGCGGCACAGAUCGUGAUGAAAAUAAAUAUGCUAGACGUACUCCGGCUGAAAUAUUUUCACGUUGGUCCAGACGUUUCUAUGCUCCAUCGUCGCGGCCACCAUGGAGAAGAACUUGGUUUUUGGUACUCAGUGGUGUUUUGGCAUUUGUGGUACUAAUAUAUUUGAUGGCAUUGUUUGGUCGUGGUGGUUCUGACGAUUCCAUGGACAGUGGUUGGGAUAAUUCUAAUCAACAAUUACCACAGAAUUCACAUUAUUAA